AUGAGUGUAAGUAGAUUUGUGAAUGUCUCUCUGCUAAUAGCAGCUUUAGUUUCAUCACUGUGCGAGUGUCAGAAGAAUUUUGCCUGCGAUAGAAAUGCCCCUGCGACCGCUAAGUACAGUUUUUGCAACGUCUCGUUGUCGUACGAAGCACGUGCUAAAGAUUUGGUCUCACGUCUCUCCCUCAAGGAAAAAGUCCAGCAACUCGUAAACCAAGCCACCGGAGUUCCAAGGCUCGGUGUUCCUCCCUACGAGUGGUGGUCCGAAGCUCUUCACGGAGUCUCCGACGUCGGACCAGGGGUACGUUUCAACGGGACGGUGCCCGGAGCGACGAGUUUCCCGGCGGUUAUAUUAACGGCGGCGAGCUUUAACACAUCGUUAUGGCUAAAAAUGGGAGAAGUGGUUUCGACGGAGGCUCGAGCGAUGCACAACGUAGGACUCGCUGGUCUCACGUAUUGGAGCCCUAACGUUAACGUUUUCAGAGAUCCAAGGUGGGGUCGUGGCCAAGAGACUCCAGGAGAGGAUCCUCUCGUUGUUUCGAAAUACGCCGUGAAUUACGUUAGGGGAUUUCAAGACGUUCACGACGGCGCCGGAAAAUCACGGCGGCUUAAAGUGUCGAGCUGCUGCAAGCAUUACACUGCUUACGAUCUUGAUAACUGGAAAGGCAUUGAUAGAUUCCACUUCGACGCCAAGGUGACGGAACAAGACUUGGAAGACACGUAUCAGCCUCCAUUCAAGAGCUGUGUAGAAGAAGGAGAUGUGAGCAGUGUAAUGUGUUCUUACAACAGAGUUAAUGGCAUCCCAACUUGUGCUGACCCUGAUCUUCUUCGCGGUGUUAUCCGAGGACAAUGGCGUCUCGACGGGUACAUUGUUUCGGAUUGUGAUUCAAUCGAGGUUUAUUUCGACGCCAUUAAUUACACAAAGACACGUGAAGACGCAGUUGCUCUCGCUCUCAAAGCAGGUUUAAACAUGAACUGUGGAGAUUUUCUUGGUAAGUACACAGAGAAUGCAGUGAAGCAAAAGAAACUGAACGGAUCAGAGGUUGAUGAAGCGCUGAUUUACAAUUACAUUGUUCUCAUGAGGCUCGGAUUCUUCGAUGGCGAUCCCAAGAAGCUUCCUUUUGGCGAUCUUGGACCGUCUGAUGUUUGCAGUCAAGAUCAUCAAAUGCUUGCGUUAGAAGCAGCAAAGCAGGGGAUUGUGCUGCUUGAGAACAGAGGAGAUCUACCGCUAUUGAAAACCGCGGCUAAAAAACUAGCGGUUAUAGGGCCAAAUGCAAAUGCUACAAAGGUAAUGAUUAGUAACUACGCGGGUGUGCCUUGUAAGUACACAAGCCCUUUACAAGGACUGCAAAAGUAUGUACCCAAAGGGGUUGUUUACGAGCCGGGGUGUAAAGAUGUCAAAUGCGGUGAUCAAACGCUGAUCGCAGCAGCGGUCAAAGCGGCUUCAAAGGCUGAUGUAGCGGUUUUGGUGGUUGGAUUGGAUCAGACGGUAGAGGCUGAGGGUCUUGACCGGGUUAACCUUACCCUUCCGGGUUAUCAAGAAAAGCUGGUGAGAGAUGUGGCCAAUGCUGCAAAGAAAACCGUUGUUUUGGUCAUAAUGGCCGCGGGACCUAUCGAUAUCUCAUUCGCCAAGAAUCUGACCAAGAUUCGAGCGGUUUUAUGGGUCGGAUACCCUGGUGAAGCUGGAGGAGACGCUAUAGCUCAAGUCAUCUUUGGUGACUACAAUCCUUCUGGGAGAUUACCGGAGACAUGGUACUCGCAAGAGUUUGCGGAUAAGGUUGCAAUGACGGACAUGAACAUAAGACCUAAUUCAACCUCUGGUUUCCCUGGAAGAUCUUACAGAUUCUACACAGGAAAACCGGUAUACAAAUUCGGAUACGGACUAAGUUACUCAUCUUUCUCUACUUUCAUUCUCUCAGCUCCAUCAAUCAUACACAUCAAAACCAAUCCAAUCUUGAACCUAAACAAGACAACUUCUGUUGAUAUCUCCACCAUUCAUUGCCACGAACUCAAGAUCCGGAUGGUUAUCGGGGUCAAAAACCGCAGUUUAAGGUCCGGGAGCCACGUGGUACUCGUGUUCUGGAUACCGCCGGAGUCUUCAAAGUCUCUGGUGGGUAGUGGCGUGCCACAGACGCAACUGGUAGGGUUUGAGAGAGUAGAAGUUGGAAGAAGCAUGACAAAGAAAGUUACCGUUGAGUUUGAUGUCUGCAAAGCACUUAGCCUAGUGGAUACUAAGGGUAAAAGGAAACUAAUCACUGGACAACACAAGCUUGUUAUUGGAGCUAACAAUGAUCAUCAAAUCUAUCAUCAUCUCAACGUUAGAUUGGCUGGAGAUUCAACUGUUUCUUUCUGA